GGAAAGAACCAGAAAAACCCAUUAAUGGUCUCUACAAAGAAUACCUUGAGACUUACAGAGAGAUGUACAGUCAAUUAGGAAGUACGGAAAAUUUUGAAGAAGAAGAAGAAACAGAAGACAGGGUGUCAAGAAACCAAAAACUUCAGAACCAACCCAGGGUUCGGUACAGACCUCAAUCGCAAAUUCGAAGACCCAAUCCAUUGCGCUACGAUCCUGUUACGAUGAGAAGACAGAAAAUUGAGCGGCCUUUUGAUGCUCAUCAAAGCAGAAAUUUGCCAAUCAAAAGCUUGAAUAGAGGUAUUCAAAUUGAUGCAGCUACUGUGGAGGGAUACCAAACCAAGAACCCAAAAUCCCCGCAUCGCAACGUGCUGAUUUCCACGAAUGGAUAUGAACCGGAAGGAAGGACUCAUGGAUACAACGAAGAGUUGUUGAAUGUUGAAAAUAAGAUGGAUGUCCAAUCAGAGGAUGAUUUUCGAGAAGAAACAAAAGAAAAUGGGGCUUCAAACAGCUACAGGCCUGAGAAAAUUAGCAUUUCUAGAUACAGACCCGAUGCACAAUUUCGGAGACCGAAAAAUAACAAAAAUUAUCGACUGGGACGACCAAGAAUUCAGCAGCAGCAGCUC